UGUGUUGGAACAUGUUCGUGACAUUGUUCAAGUAAAUGAAAAAAAACUAGUUAUGGGGGUAUAUCAUAUCGGCAAUCUUUUUCCCACCUCAUUGCUCUCUGCGAAUCCAGAGGAGGAGGCCCGGGGAAAAAAGAGGCUCAAAGAGAACAUUAAUAAAAAAACGCCGGUUGCUGUCCAUUAUCCCGAGAUCAGCAAUAUUCUUCCCACCCCAUUCAUGUCCGUCCGUCCAGAGAGAGACCCUUUCUCAUUUGGAGAAUAAAACCCAAACCCAGACUGUUGUACGCCAUGGUAUAUGCCGCUGGAACGCUCCAUCCUGCCGUAGCUCGGAGAACGUGUAAAACAAGAUAACAGAAAAUACAGCAAGGAAACGAAGAGAAA